AACCUUAACCAUUGUUUAUUCUGUAUUUCAGGUCUGGCUUCAUGCACCCUAUGAACUUCAUCUGUCAUUAUUUGAACACUUCAUCGAACUUCUCACAGAGUCCAGUGAAGCUGCAAAGAAUGCGAAGUUAAUGAGGGAAUUCCAACUUAUCCCAAGGCUGCUCUUGACUCUUCGAGAUAUGUCUCUCUCCCAGCCUACUAUUGCUGCAAUUAGCAAUGUGCUGAGCUUCUUGCUUCAAGGCUUCCCCAGCAGUUAUGACUUACUCAGGUUUGGACAGUUCAUCUCUUCCACUUUACCUACGUUUGCAGUCUGUGAGAAGUUUGUAGUCAUGGAAAUAAAUAAUGAAGAAAAGCUUGACAGUGGAACUGAAGAUGAUUUUGGAGGACUUGUUUCAGCUAAUCUUAUUCUACUGCGGAACAGGCUUUUAGAUAUCCUCCUAAAACUUCUGUAUACUUCCAAAGAAAAGACAGCUGUUAAUUUGCAGGCUUGUGAAGAACUGGUGAAGACCCUGGGGUUUGAUUGGAUUAUGAUGUUCAUGGAAGAACAUCUGCAUUCCACCACGGUCACAGCUGCCAUGCGAAUUCUUGUGGUCCUGCUGAGUAAUCAGUCCAUCCUUAUUAAAUUCAAGGAAGGUCUCAGUGGUGGAGGCUGGCUUGAUCAGACGGAUUCUGUCUUGACCAAUAAGAUUGGUACUGUGCUAGGGUUCAAUGUUGGCAGGAGUGCUGGUGGAAGAUCGACAGUCCGGGAGAUUAACCGUGAUGCGUGUCACUUCCCAGGCUUCCCUGUCCUGCAGUCCCUUCUCCCCAAGCACACAAAUGUACCAGCGCUCUACUUCCUCCUCAUGGCCCUUUUCCUGCAGCAGCCGGUCACUGAGCUGCCCGAAAACCUGCAGGUCAGUGCGCCCGUCGCCAGCGGCCGAUGUAAGCAGGGCUCACAGUUUGAUUUAGAUUCUAUUUGGACAUUCAUAUUUGGAGUUCCUGCCUCUUGUGGCACUGUUACCUCUUCAGUACAUAGUGUUUGCACAGAAGCUGCCUUCUUGCUGUUGGGAAUGCUGAGGAGCAUGCUGAAUUCACCCUGGCAGUCUGAGGAGGAAGGCUCCUGGCUUCGAGAAUAUCCUGUCACCUUGAUGCAGUUCUUUCGCUAUUUGUAUCACAAUGUGCCAGACCUUGUUUCCUUGUGGAUGAGCCCAGAGUUCCUGUGUGCGCUGGCAGCAACCGUAUUUCCUUUCAACAUACGACCUUACUCUGAGAUGGUAGGAAAUUCAGUGAGUUGGAUUUUCUGUUCUUUUUCCCACAAAUGCACUUUUUGAGGUUUUAUCAAUUAG